AGGUACACUAAAUACUGGCUUUGAUUGCUAGGACUUCAGUGGAGGUAAGACUUACACAGAAGUCUGAACAUACAAGGUGUUGUGGAGAAAUUUGGAAUGAGGAUGAUUGUUAUUGUUGGCUUGUUGGGUGUUCUUUGUAUUCAAGCAGCUCCUACUCCAUCAGUAGCUCGUGAUGAUUCCAAAUCAGUCACUUAUGAAGAGCAAGGAAGUCAACAGACGUUCUUUCCUGAAAAAUCUACACAAAAUGUUACGUCGAAUCUUAGAACAGAUUCGUAUUGUCCACUUGGUUGGAAAGCACCUUGGCAAGUUGGAUUGUUGCUGUUGACUCCCAAUCACACCUCCAAGGAGAGGAUGUGUGGAGGUGUGCUAGUCCACAAACGAUGGGUGUUGACUGCAGCAAGUUGUGUUGAAAACACAAGUAUGAAACUAGCCUUGGUUGGAUCAAAUCAAUACUUGGGUGGAUUUCUUGGCAAACAAGGACAAGUGAUUGUAGUUGAUGAUGCUAUAAUUCAUGAAGGAUACGGACAACAUCAACCACCUCAACACGACAUUGCUCUUCUGCAUUUGUCAGAGGAUGCUGUGUUAGGUUCUAAAGUGGCUACCGCUCGGAUUCCUAAUCGCAAUAGUGCUCUUCUUAGAGAUGGAACGCUCAUGGUUAUCACAGGUUGGGGAAGAAAUCCUACUAAACCCAUCAAUGAGGAAAAUCUACAUUGUAUGCAAGUUCCUUUAGUUUCUCGUCAAGAGUGUGAACAGGCUUAUGGGCUCUUUGGAAAGAAAAUUCGAAUUAGCCAUUUGUGUUCAGGUGGAGUAGGUGCAUGUAAUGGAGAUGGUGGUGGUGGACUAGUGCAUGUGGGAUUUGCUGGAAGAAACACUGUGAUGGGAAUUAUCAGCUGGUCACUGAGCUGUGGUGGUCAUUACACUGUCCACACAAAUGUUGAGAGACACAGACCUUGGCUGUUGAGAAACGUUCCUGAACUGGUAGUUGGAUGAUCGAGCUACAGGCUAUUUCAUUAGUGUGAUGUAUGUACCGUUGCGCUUAGGUAGUAUUAGCAAUGCAUGCAUGCAGGCAUGUAGUUUAGUGCUUAGAUUUAGUUGAUCAUCCGUACUCUAGCUGCUACUGUGUGCACGCACAUGGUAGUACAUGGGUAAGUCUUUAACGUACAACACCAAACUCUAGUGUGACCUUGGAAUAGUUCGCGUUCUGGCAGAGCAGAUGAUUGUAUAAAUUUAUGUAUUGUCUAAAAUGCCAGUUUAUUAUCGCUCGGGA